AUGGAGAAGACGAUGCGAUGGUGGUCCGAAUGCACGGCAUGCUGGCGCGAGAAGUGGAGUGCGGUCAGAAACGAGAGAAACAGAGCACGUGAAGAGGGUCAGACACUCAGACACGCUUACGAAGAGGCCAAGGUUAAAAUCGACAGUUUGGAGUUGGAGAAACGGAAAGUGGAACUGGAAUUGAUGAAGGCGAAAUCGGCAUUGCAUAAGUUGGCCGUGAAGAACAGCAUCACACAGAGUCGGUACUUUGAAAUUCCCGAUAUUACGAUACAACGCAUUGAUGAGGGAUGCGAUGCAAAACCAGAAUCAUUUACCGAGGGUGUACAAACUGAUGAAGACGCAUCAGAAUCAAGCGAAAUGACGUCAUCAACAAGAAGUCUACUCGGAUCUCGUUCUCCUCUUGCACAACGAGAGCGAAUACAGCUUGAGGAUCGAUGCGCUGAAUUGCAGUUGCAGUUGAAUGCCGCUUCGAAAACGAUUUCAGAAUUGGAAGAAGUAAAACAGGCCUUAACAGAAGAGUUACGAGUUGAAGUGGCAGAACUUCGAGCGGAAGUAAAACGACUAUGCGAAGAAAACGCUGCACUCAGAACUACACAAGACACAACUACGGGAAAUGACUGA